CGGAACAGCUUUAUUACUUGACAUCAUUUUGCGACACCUCCGCGCAGUGCUCAGCAGUAGUGAGGUAGUCAUGGCGUCGCCCUUCAGUGGGGUUCUACAGCUGACGGACCUGGAUGACUUCAUUGGGCCGUCUCAGGAGUGCAUCAAGCCUGUGAAGGUGGAUAAGAAGCCAGGAAGUGGUAUAGCCAAGAUCCAUAUUGAAGAUGACGGGAGUUACUUCCAAGUGAACUCAGAUGGAAAGACCCAGAAGCUGGAGAAGGCCAAGGUCUCCCUGAAUGACUGCCUGGCAUGCAGUGGCUGUGUCACCUCAGCAGAGACAGUACUUAUCACUCAACAGAGUCACAAGGAGCUGCAGAAGGUUCUAAAUGCUAAUAAGGUGGCAGCACCCGGUCAGCAGCAGCUGGUGGUCAUUUCUAUCUCACCCCAGUCCAGAGCAUCACUGGCUGCCAAGUUUCAGCUGGAUCCCUCAGACACUGCCAGGAAAUUAACUUCAUUCUUCAAAAAAAUAGGGGUGCACUUUGUCUUUGAUACUACCUUUGCAAGGAACUUCAGCCUCUUAGAGAGCCAGCGAGAGUUUGUGCAGCGAUUCCGAGGGCAGGCCAACUCCAAGGAGGCCUUGCCCAUGCUAGCUUCUGCCUGCCCAGGCUGGAUCUGCUAUGCUGAGAAGACACAUGGCAACUUCCUCCUCCCCUACAUCAGCACAGCCCGGUCCCCACAGCAGGUCAUGGGCUCCCUGGUCAAGGACUUCUUCGCCCAGCAGCAGCAUCUGACCCCUGAUAAGGUCUACCACGUAACAGUGAUGCCCUGCUAUGACAAAAAGCUAGAAGCAUCCAGACCUGACUUCUUCAACCAGGAGUACCAGACCCGUGACGUGGACUGUGUCCUCACAACAGGAGAAGUCUUCAGGCUGCUGGAGGAAGAAGGAGUCUUGCUCUCAGAGCUGGAGCCAGUGCCCCUCGAUGGCUUAUCCAGUAGUAUAUCUGCUGAGGAACUCACCAGCCAUCGGGGCGGGGGCUCAGGAGGCUACCUGGAGCAUGUGUUCCGGCACGCGGCCCAAGAGCUCUUUGGAAUCCAUGUGACUGAGGUCACCUACCGACCUAUGAGGAACAAGGACUUACAAGAGGUGACACUGGAAAGGAAUGGCCAAGUGUUACUGAACUUUGCUAUGGUCUAUGGCUUCCGCAACAUCCAGAACCUUGUGCAGAAGCUGAAGCGAGACCGUUGUCCGUACCAUUACGUGGAGGUCAUGGCCUGCCCCUCAGGCUGCUUGAAUGGAGGGGGUCAGCUCAAGGCUCCAGAUGUGCAAGGCAGGGAGCUCCUCCAGCAGGUGGAAAGACUGUACAGCAUGGUAAAGGCUGAGGCACCUGAAGAAGCACUAGGGGUCCAGGAGCUAUACCAGCACUGGCUGCAAGGCGAGAACUCAGAGCAGGCCAGCCGUCUGUUGCACACACAAUACCAUGCUGUGGAGAAGACCAACUCAGGCCUUGGCAUCAGGUGGUAGGAGGCCUUGAGGGUCUGUGAGAACCCCAGGGGCCAGCACCAAGACUCCCAAGACCGUGGGGGUGUCAGCAGCAAAGCCCAUGCACAGAAAGCCCUAGGGACCCCCAAAAUUCAGGAAGAACUGCAAGGAUAUGCUGGAUUCUGUGCUAAGUGGGGCACUGGCUAUAUGUGGGUCCUGGAAAAUACAUGGUCUGUGUACCUCUGGUCAAGAAUGCAGCCCAUAGACCUCUGGACAGUAAUGUGGCCUGCAGCCUGUGCACCCCCAAAUUCCACACUGGGCGCUGCAAGAUGGGAGUAUGGGCAGGGGCAGAGGUAGCCAAGGAGGUUAAAGGUUCAAUGAGGUUCCAGAAUCUCUUCCAAUGGCCCAGGGCCAUGGCACCUGCCCUGCACUCCUAGAUGUGAUGGCCCAAGUAUAAGGGGUUCCAGUCACUCCUAGGAGUGCCUCAUCACUGGUUUCUGGGGUUACCCCCAUAAAGCAACAGUGCAGAGGGCCUGAGCUUGUCCUGCAUCAGAACUGCCUAGUAGGGGCACCUGAUCCUCUACAAGCUGAGUGUUUACAGUGACACCCAAAGCCAUGGCCUUAGGGUCUUGGGCAGUCUUUUGGCACUGAGCUUAUAUGCUUCGAGAGCUCCACAGGUGGGUCUCAUUAGCUUGUCUCUCAACCAGCUCACUGCUAAUAAACAGGUCAGCACCUCA